AUGGGGAAGAACUUGCGUGAGAAAGUGACAUGCUCCCCAAUCCAAAACAACCAUCCUGGAUUCAUGUGGGGACUCUUUGACAUUCUUAAGCACAACCAUUGGCGUUACAUCAAGAAGCGUCUUCCUCACAAACGACCCAUCGGUGGUAGACCAAGUGCUUCUGCUGGAACAAAAAACGAAGUAAAUAACACAAUUCCACCAGAUGGUAUGCCUAAAAGCAAGGUGGAAGAUAACACAAAUGUAGACUCUGGGAAAAGACCAAAGAAGCCUAGUUCUUCUGCAGUAAAGUCCAAAGAUUCUUCUAACUCAGGGGAGAAGCCAAAAAGGAAUCAUAGUUCAGAAGACAAGUCCAAGAAUCUCAACUCAGAGGAGAAGCGGAGAAGGAGACAUUCAGAGAUCAAAAAGUCUGUGAAAGCUUUGAUCAAGGCACUUGUAAUAGAAGACAAGUCUAAGAGGAAAGGCCGUCACCACAGAAGCUCCACUUAUCCUGUCCAAUCAGACCCAAAGGACAAGGAGUCAUUGAGUGAAGUAAGAGAAUCUUCUGACAAGGAUUCCUCAGACAAGAAGAUUUCCAUUUCACCCUCCAUUGGUUCUUUGAACCCUCUUUACCUCAUGUCCGAGGAAUCAAGCUACAGUGACAGCGAAGACUUCAAGUUAGAGAAAACCCCAGUUGAUCAUUCCAAGAAGAAGAAGGAGGAAGCUUGGCCUGAUCCAAAGUUGAAUGAGGAUUAUGAUACAUCAUCAUCGCCUAGACAGACAAAAGCAUGUCUUGAUGCUCUCAAUCUGAUACACAUGAACAGAAACUUCUUGUUAAAAGUUCUGCAGGACCCUGGUUCUCCACUAGCCAGGCAUUUCCAGAGAGAGCAAUCUUUUAGCUCCAAGACCAUGACUAGAUCAGGAUCCUUUCCUACUCAUGAUCAUAGUAAUGUACCACCAGCAUCUCCUUCCAUAGCUGUAGAACACAGAGCAGUGGAGAAACUUGCUAAUGAAGAUUCAUCUAGUUACACGAGGAAGAGAGGAAAGAACCACCAAGUGGUGAUCAAACGUUUCAAGGAUCUAAGACAAAAGAUAAAGCAUGUCAUCAACGAGAACAAGAGCGAGAAGCACCGUAUCACUAUGGAUGCUGUCUUAGACAAAGUGCCUCGAAAGUACGGGUUCUCGAAAGAUUUAAGACAAGACAUCUUGUCUCACUGUUCUGCUACUAAGAAGGAAGGCGCAAAACCGAGGCAGAUAGGAAGAACAUCGUCGCUGUGUGGAUCGGUUGAUAGAUAUCUUCAGCUGUAUGAAAAGAGCUUCCAAAAGAGCAACAGUAUUUCAAAGUCUGAGGAACCGGCGUUGUCUUGUAAGAUAGUUCCUAAGAUCUUGGGAAGGAUUCUUUCAUUACCUGGAACUAAAUCUCCUUAUGCUUUGAAGACUGAGGACCUUCCUGGCCAUUUUGAAACUUCAAGUAGAUUAAUAGAGCAGGAACAAGAUGGUUUGGAUGACAUUUCAGAGAUCUCAGACGAUCAGUCUGAGUCUUCAGAACAUGAAAUGCCAGAGACUACAGAUGAUCUGUCUUCUGAUGAGACAGAACAAGACAGAGAAACCUCUACGGUUGAUGUUGAAACCGAAACAAAACCUUUGUAUGAAUCAUCAGGAGACUAUCCUACUUUUGAUGAAAAUGCUUCUGAUGAAUCUCACGAUCGGGAUACAGAGACUUGUGAAACAAGAAAACAGUUAGAAAGCAUAACAGCAGAAGCUAUAGACGAAUACCUCCAGAUAGAAGCACAAGAUAAAGGGAAGUUCAACUAUGUAAGAGACAUUCUCGAGAUCUCUGGUUUCAACGCACCAGAAUCUCUCUCAAUGUGGCAAUCAGAUUACCAGCCGCUAGAUCCAUUAGUCUACGAAGAAGUUGCCACAGCAGCAAUAGCAGGAUGUAUGAUCCAAGAUCCAGAAUGUUCAAGAAACUAUGAAGAAGAAGAAGAAAGUGGUGGUAACUGCAACCACUUGCUUCUCUUUGAUCUAAUCAACGAGGUACUAAUCGAAAUCUACGAAAGGUCUUACCAUUACUGUCCCAAGCAAUUGUCAACUUUAUGUAGAAUCCAUCCAAUGCCAGUGGGGUAUAGUGUUUUGAAAGAUGUUUGGGUUAGAAUAAAAUUUUACUUGCGUUACAAGCCACACGAUGAGGAGUCAUUUGAUGAGAUUAUGAAUAGGGAUUUGAGGAGAGAUGAUGGCUGGAUGGAUUUGCAGUUUGAGAGUGAGUGUGUUGGCAUUGAAGUUGAGGAUUUGAUCUUUGAGGAGCUUCUUGAAGAACUGCUUGUAUCCUGUUAA